AAAUAUGAGAUUACGAUACAAUCCGAACCACUAAAUAGAGAGUGCUAGUAUUUAUUAUUUCAUGAAUAUUAAGUUCCAUUUAUUCAACAAUUAGAUGAAAAUUCAUAUUAAUUAGCUCAAGUGCAUUAACUUUACUUUGACCAAUUAAAUAUACGUAAUUCAAUACACUUACUAUUCAACCACAUAAAAUUUCAUUUCAAACAAAAAAAAAACCCACAUAAAAUGUUCUCUUUCUUUCACCAAAUGUAGCUAUUUUCUCCUCUCUAUUUAUUUUCACCUGACUCUUUUUGCCCCCUUACUUCUUUCCCCUGUUCUCUAGCACAUUGUAAAAGGCUUCACCAAUCAGCUAAUGGAGUUAGACAGCAAACAGUGAGGACUCACCUUUUCCCUCAAUAGUCAAAAUCCAUAGACCUGCCCUCCUUACCUAUUAUGAUCAGAUUUAAGGGACAGCAAGAAGAAGAGAAUCAUAUUCACAUGGAUGAGAAGAAAAACAACAACUCAUCUCGAGUUUCACGGAGCAAAGCAGCGAAGAAGGCGAAUGAGGGUAGUUGCGGCAGAGGAGAACAAGGAGUAGGACCCACCACCACCACCAGCACCCGGUUCGCCACCGUGGAUGACGGAGGAGAGGAUUUGAUAGAGUGCUCCGGGAAGUUUUGCCGGUCGUGCACGGCGGGGAUGGUAGCCGACUGCGUGGCACUCUGCUGCUGCCCCUGUGCGGUGGUGCACUGUUUUUCCCUGGCGUUUGUGAAGGCGCCGUGGGUGGUUGGAAGGAGGUGUUUGGGUUUGGGGAAGAAGAACAAGAACAAGAACAAGGGGAAGAGGAAAUGCAAGAAGGGGCAUCAUCAUGGGGGUAAUGUUGGUGAUGAUGUUGUGUUGGAGAGGGACAGCAGAGAAGGGGUUUCAACUUCUAGUGUUUCUUCUAGCUUUGGUGUGGAAAAUGUCACUGUCAAUGCUGCCUUUGAAGCAGAGAAGGUUUGGCUUGAGCUCUAUCAGAUUGGUCAUUUGGAUUUUGGGAGGGUUUCUUUCUCAGGUGAUUGAGUUCAAUUCAUUGCAUGUAUGAUGAUUGAUGGAUUUAUGUACACAAUUGAUUCUGAAGUCAAAAUUAAUUUUCAGGAGAAGUUUCUCUGAGUGAGUUGCUUAUGUGUGUUAGACUAGAUCGUAUCGAAAGAGAAGCUAAUCCAAAUGAGCUAUAGAUAGAUUAGUAGUAGGUAUAGGUGGAGUUUAGGUUGAUUUGCAAUUCAGCCUAUUCUCUGUCUUCUUACUGCUUUUGCAUAAUUUUUUCCUGGAAUUAAGGUCUCUCUCUUUUGCUUUGACCCUUAAUUUGUUAAUACAUUGUUGUUUUUAUUUUGUUCUAUGUAAUAUGGAUCUUCAGAGAAAACUGACUACAUAUGUAAUACCCAAAUUAAGAUUGUAAUUGGGAUGUGGUCCAAUGAAAGUACGAAAGUUGGAGUUAGAA